ACGCAGAAAACUUGCGUUCAGCAGUUGAUUUUUAUCAGCGUUUCAAAUGCAAAAUGCUUGUAAACGCAUUUAUAAGCGUUUGCAUUUGAACCUUUUUUUUAACUCUUCCAGUUUCCCGAUGCUGUCCAGAGUCUUUUUUCAUCAUGAAAAAUACAUGCAAAGUGUUUUCAAGGUACUCAAAUGGACAAAACACUGAACACAGGAUGUUCCUACAAAGCUUGUCACACAUUGUAAUGACCAAUUCACACCUCAGACCUCUCCCACCCUUGGAAACAAAAGAUAUGUUAAUGACCAUUCACACCUCAAAUUCCUCAUGA